GAACACCACGCCAGUUAAACUGACGAGAGAAGUGUGAUGAUACAAAUAAUAAUACAGAGAGAGAUAGAUACAUAGAUACAUACAAACCAACAGAUAUAGCAGGCUAAUAAAAGUUUAUAUAUUUUCUUUCAUUUUUGAUCGUAUACUCUGGGCUUCAGAUAAGAUCCUCUAUUAUUUUUCUAUCUUUCAAUUUUAUAUACCGAAGAUCUAUAUCCGAUCCACCUCCGUUUCUGUUCACGAUUCUUCAACAUUUUUCACCGAUCAAUCUUUUUGUAAGGUUUUUGAGAUGAUUGGAUAUCUAGAUGCACUGUGAGGAAAUCGCGUUGUACGUGAUUUGCAUGGGGUGACAAUGCCACAGCUGCGUAGUGGAGCACGAAGAUCAAAAAGACUUGGUGAUCUGCAGCCUGCCCCUCAGCCUGUUGAACAAGCAGAAAAUUUUCUCUUGCCCACUCAGAAUAGAACUAGAAGGAGAGCUGGUGCCGGAAGAGGAAGGGGUUCAAAUGCUGCAGUUGUAACUAACGGGCCUGAAGUGGCAGUUCCGGGGAGACAAACUUAUGCUGGUGGAGGCAGGGGAGUUAGAUUGAUAGAUCUUGAUCCGGAGCCACCUUGUGAGGGUCUUCCACAACCAAACGUGGUUGGGCCGGCUGGAGAACACAUUUUUAAUAGAGUAGAGGGCGGUGCAGAGAAAGAUAUUGCAAUGGAGGGUGCGAGUGGGGAUAAAGUACUGGGUGUUGAAGAAGACACAAGUGCAGCUCCAGUUCCAGAAAGGGUACAAGUGGGUAACUCACCUGUUUAUAAGACCGAAAGGAAGCUGGGUAAGGGAGGUUUUGGUCAAGUUUAUGUUGGCAGGAGGGUAAGUGGUGGCACUGAGAGAACAGGAGCAGAUGCGAUUGAGGUCGCUUUGAAGUUUGAGCAUCGGAAUAGUAAAGGUUGCAAUUGUGGGCCCCCAUAUGAGUGGCAGGUGUACAGCAAUCUAAAUGGAUGUUAUGGGGUUCCCUCAGUUCACUACAAGGGGCGCCAAGGAGACUUUUACAUUCUGGUCAUGGAUAUUCUUGGACCCAGUCUUUGGGAUGUUUGGAACUCUUUAGGCCAGUCGAUGUCACCGAACAUGGUGGCUUGCAUUGCUGUGGAGGCUAUAUCAAUUCUCGAAAAGCUUCACUUGAAAGGGUUUGUGCAUGGAGAUGUAAAGCCUGAGAACUUUUUACUUGGUCAACCUGGAAGCCCUGAUGAAAAGAAGCUCUUUCUUGUUGAUCUGGGAUUGGCAUCUAGAUGGAAAGAUUCAUCGUCUGGUCAGCAUGUUGAAUAUGAUCAGCGGCCUGACAUCUUCAGGGGGACGAUAAGAUAUGCAAGUGUGCAUGCACAUUUAGGUCGAACUGGGAGUAGAAGAGAUGAUCUUGAAUCACUGGCAUACACGCUGAUUUUUCUCAUUAAAGGGAGGUUACCAUGGCAAGGAUACCAGGGAGACAAUAAGAGCUUUCUUGUAUGUAAAAAGAAAAUGUCCACUUCACCUGAGUUGAUGUGCUGCUUUUGUCCUGCCCCAUACAAGCAGUUCCUUGAAGCUGUUACGAAUAUGAAAUUUGACGAGGAGCCAAACUAUUCGAAGCUUAUAUCUUUGUUUGAAAAUCUUAUUGAACCAUGCACAUCCUUGAGACCAAUCAGAAUUGAUGGAGCCCUGAAGGUCGGCCAAAAGAGAGGGCGGUUGCUUAUUAAUUUGGAAGAAGAUGAACAGCCCAAAAAGAAAGUGAGACUAGGUAGUCCUGCUACCCAGUGGAUUUCAGUUUACAAUGCACGUCGUCCCAUGAAGCAGAGAUAUCAUUACAAUGUUGCAGACACAAGGUUGCGCCAGCAUGUUGAGAAGGGCAAUGAAGACGGUUUAUAUAUCAGCUGUGUGGCUUCAGCUGCAAAUCUCUGGGCCUUAAUUAUGGAUGCUGGAACAGGAUUCUGUUCUCAAGUUUACGAGCUUUCAGCAAUCUUUCUUCACAAGGAUUGGAUUAUGGAACAAUGGGAGAAGAAUUACUACAUUAGUUCAAUAGCUGGGGCGAGCAAUGGGAGUUCUUUGGUCGUUAUGUCUAAAGGUACACCUUACACCCAGCAAUCAUACAAAGUAAGUGAAUCUUUUCCAUUUAAGUGGAUUAACAAGAAGUGGAAAGAAGGUUUUCAUGUCACAUCCAUGACUACUGCUGGCAAUCGUUGGGGUGUUGUAAUGUCUAGAAACUCGGGAUAUUCUGAUCAGGUUGUCGAGCUUGAUUUUCUGUAUCCAAGUGAAGGGAUACAUCGGCGUUGGGAGAAUGGAUAUAGAAUAACAUCUAUGGCUGCUACUGCCGAUCAGUCAGCUUUCAUACUUAGUGUUCCAAGACGUAAGAUGACAGAUGAAACUCAAGAAACUCUACGGACAUCUGCCUUCCCUAGCACCCAUGUCAAGGAGAAGUGGUCCAAAAAUCUUUACAUUGCUUCUUUAUGUUAUGGCCGAACUGUUUGUUGACAGUUGUGAAUUGUACAUCGGAUCUUGCUGUGAAUACAAGUGAGGAGAGGGAGCUAGGGAGCAUUGUAAUCUUGACAUCUGCGCGAGGAGAGGUGCGAGAAAGUUAGUUUUCAGCAAGGAGCUAGACAUCCCACGUUAAGUUUGUCUUUUAAUGGUUGUGUUUUAACUAUAAAGAAGUUAGUAAGAAAAGAGGGGGAAAUAGCCAAACUUGUUUCUGAGCAGAUAUUAUCUUGCACUGAACAAAUUGGCGAAUAAAACCAUAAAUUUCAUAUCACAAAACGGGUCUUGUAUAUUUGCAGCUAUAUUAUGGUGCGCAAAUUUGCAACUAUAGUAUAGUUUGCCGUCUUUGUACUCUAAUCUAAAGUUAAGUUAUUAUAAAAAGUGUUCGCGUCUCAA